AUGCCUCCUCGUAGGGCGCAUACCAAGUCUCGCCAGGGCUGCGAUCAAUGCAAACGACGUCGCGUCAAGUGCGACGAAAAGGGUCCGCCAUGCUCCAAUUGCAUCUCGCGGGAGCUUGCAUGUACUUAUCUGAGAGCACAUUCUCGCCCGGAGACCCGGCGAGACCACACCCCGGCCCCGCUAGCUACGGUCCUUCCCAGUCCCCCGCAACUGGGAAUCCCUAGCCCUGCCGCCUCCACCCCGUCCAAUGUGUCCGGGGUGCGAGAACUGGAGCUGAUGCACAAGUACUCCACAGAGACAUAUCAAAGUCUGUGCACCUCCAAUUCGGGCCACUACGUGUGGCAAAUUGCCAUUCCGCGCCUGGCCCUGCAGUAUGAUUUUCUCAUGAAUGGCAUUUUGGCCCUGGGAGCUCUGCAUAUCGCUGCCGCACUGGAUCCGCCGGCUUCCUUGGCGUAUAUUGACACGGCCUUGCAGUAUCAUAGUCUCACCUUCGCUCCGUACCGCUUUGCGGUCGACCACAUUAAUCCCAUGAACUGCGAGGCUGUCUUGGCGCAAUCCAUCAUCACGACUGUCAUAGGCAUUGCCAUCCCGAGAGUAAGUUCUGCUCGCGGGGAGAACGCAGGCAUCACCGAGAAUAUCGUCGUGGUAUUCGAACUUCUCCAAGGUGUGAAGAAGAUUCACCGGAUCGGCGAAUCGUGGAUCAAGCUCGAGCUCUUCGCAUCCCGGAAAAACUACUGGGAUCCUAGCUCGGAUAGGCUAGAAAGCGAGACACAAGCUGCUCUCGAACGACUGGGGACUUUGAAUGAUGAGAGUCUGGCUAGUAUCGACCCCGACCAGCAUCAAAUAAACAAAGAAGCUAUUAUGCACCUGCGCCACUUUUCUACGCGAAUUGACGACAAGGUGGAUGCCGCAAAUGUUUUGGCGUGGCUAGCCAUGGUCGACAAGGAGUUUGUGGACAACGUCCGACGCCGGCAGCCUUUGGCGUUGCUCAUCCUCAUGCAUUGGGGAGUGCUGAUCGGAGAGCUGGAUGGUCAACACUGGUGGGCCCGCGACUCGGGCCGAGCUUUGGUUUCUGAGUUAUUACAGACCCUGCAGCCUGCAAAUGCACAAUGGGCCGAGGCAGUGGCCUGGCCCCGGAACAAGAUGGCUCUUUGA